AUGUCUGCCAAGGUUCCACGCAACUUUCGCUUGCUGGAGGAGCUGGAGAAGGGCGAGAAGGGCCUUGGUGCCGAGGCUUGUAGCUACGGUCUUGAGGACAGUGAAGACCUUCUCAUGAGCAACUGGAACGGGACCAUUUUGGGACCUCCUCAUUCUGUCCACGAGAACCGUAUCUAUAGCGUCAAGAUGCAUUGCGGCGACAACUAUCCCGAUGUGCCUCCAACGAUUCAGUUCGUUAGCCAGGUCAACCUGCCUUGUGUUAACCCGCGCAACGGCAUGGUUGAUCCCAACCAGCUUCCCUGCCUCGCCCAGUGGAAACGAGAAAACACCAUGGAGACAGUUCUUAUCGAAUUAAGAAGGUAUUUACUUGUUCUUACAACCGACGGUUAUUGCGUUGAUUAG